AGGGAAACAAAUAGGAACAGCUGGCAUAAGCGGAAAAACCACUAAGCUAACGGCUAGGCCUCCCGUUUUGGCAAAAUAACAGUCGCGGGAAAAGCUGGUAGCGCCUUUUUUUUUUCCUCCCCAGUUCGCUGCUCCACCGUAGGAGGGGGGACGAAGGGGCAGCUUCAUACAGCGGAUGCGUAGGUGCGCGCGAUCGAGAAGAUCACCGUAGAGGAAAUCUGCGGCGAGGCGGGUAACCGUUUGCGGCGCGACAGUGCACAAGUGGGAAUCAGGCUGCUACCGCUUCGCCACCGCCGCUUUACCGCUAGCAUGUCCAUCCUGUGCACGAUCAGCGGGCAGACGCCCGAGGAGCCCGUGGUGAGCAAAACGGGGUACGUCUUCGAAAAGCGGCUCAUCGAAAAGCACAUCCUCAACUACGGCAUAUGCCCGGUGAGCGGAGAGGUGCUAACGCUGCAGGAUUUGUACCCUCUGAAGAAUGAGCAGGUGGUGAAGCCGAGGCCCAUCACGGCGAGCAGCAUCCCAGGGCUGCUAUCCAUCCUGCAGACGGAAUGGGACGCCAUAAUCUCGGAGAUGUUCACCCUCAGGACGCACGUAAACGAUAUUAGAAACCAACUGACGCAUAGUCUGUACCAGUACGACGCAGCAACGAGAGUGAUCGCCAAGCUACUGAAGGAGAAAAAUGAUUACAAAGAGGAAGUAAAAAAACUGAGAAAUCAAAUCUUAAGCAUCAAAAGUGGCAACGAUUUGAACGAAUUUGAAGUAGGGUUAAGUGAGGACCUACUGAAUGAGAUGCAGGAGGUUGCAAAAAAUCUCUUGAUGACCAGGAAGAAGAGGAACAUAGAGCAUGUUAGUUCAGCUGAGCAGUGGAAGGAGGUAACCAAUACGAACGAAUUUGAUGUGCACUCAGCUGCCAUCCCAGGAGUGACUUGUCUGUCCCUAGAUAUUAACGAAUUGAAAUACAGCUACUAUGAUGACCACAAGAACCACAGUUUUUUUUCCGGAGGGAUGGAUGGCAAUGUGUAUUACGUUUCCUUAGAGCAAAGUAAAGUGCUCGCCAAGUUACAAGGGCACUUAAAGAAGGUGACUGCCAUUGUGGCUCACCCGAAGUACUCCCUAUGUAUAUCCGGAGCAAACGAUAAAACAGUCCGCAUAUGGAAAGGGGAUGUAGAGACCAAUGAAUUUGCCACCGCACAUGUUAUAGCAAAACAUAAGGAUCAAAUAACCUCCUUGGCCCUCCACCCAAUGGAAAAUUAUUUUGUGAGCUCUUCUAAAGAUAACGUUUGGAUUUUAAACGACUUGGAGACGUCUAGGAGUAUCAAAAUUUGCAAGGACACCCCUAGUCCGUUCAGACAGCUAGCCAUUCACCCAGAUGGGAUUAUGCUUGGGAUCGGCUGCGAAGAUUCUAACAUUCAUAUUUUUGAUAUGAAAAGCCAGGAGUACAAAGCUUCCCUUAGUGGCCACACGAGUCACGUCAGUUACAUUUCGUUCAGUGAGAAUGGGUACUACUUGGCAUCCUGCUCAAAGGAUAAGACGGUUAAGCUGUGGGACCUAAGAAAGGCACAGUGCUUUCAAACCAUAGAUGUGGAAGAACUCCCCAGGAGCAUCUGCUUCGAUUUCUCUGGGAAGUACCUUUCGCUCGCUGCUGGCAAUGAUGUGCACGUCUUCAACUUCGAGGCCAAGACCAAGGCCGUGCUCGUGAACACCCUCUCGGCGCACACGGACGCCGUCACGCAGACUUGCUUCGGCAGCCGCACGGCCUACCUCCUCUCCAGCUCGAUGGACAAAACGGUCAAGGUGUGGAGUUAG